AGGAGGGUUAAAAUAAGCUGUUACCAUUUAUGUUUUUGGUCUUUAUCAAACUCGUUAACUUUAUGGAUUUUUAUGAUUUUGAUAUUGACUCAUAUAAUUAAGUUUACAUCAACGAGAAGCUGUCUGUUUUUGUCUUACAGUUUACUUUUUACAUUUCAGGUAUUUAGCUGCGUCUUUGGGCUGCAGCAGCACAAUAUAACAUCAGGAUCCUGCAGCUAAGAUGGCCGAUGAGAAAAGACUGUCUGCGAGGCGUAAGCAUACUCUGAAAAGUUGUAUGCUGGUGGUGGCCAAUAAUUUGUUGGAGGCUGAAGCAACAGUGAAGGUUGGGGAGAGGGAGAAGUUCCUGGCAGAGAAAUGUCCUCCUCUGGAGCUGCCGUACUCCAAGGACGAGCUCAUGGAACUUUGCAAGAAACUCCAUGCGCAGAUUGACAUCAGUGAAGAGGAGAGAUACUGUAUGGAGUUCAAACUGAACAUGGUUCUGAAUGAGGUCAGAGACCUCAACAUAAAGAUUGUGGAUCUGAGGGGAAAGUUCAAGAGACCCAGGCUGAAGAAAGUGCGUAUGUCCGCUGACGCCAUGCUGAAAGCUCUGCUGGGCUCCAAGCACACGGUCAACAUGGACCUGAGGGCCAACCUGAAGCAGGUCAAGAAGGAGGUGAAAGAGGAGGACAAGCAGCUGCGCGAUGUUGGAGAUUGGCGUAAGAACAUUGAAGACAAGUCUGAUAGGAAGAAGAUGUUUGAUAGUUAAAUGUGAUCUGUCAUUGAUUUUUGGGUUUAAGAUUGAUUUUCAGGACAGAAUUUCAGGUCCAAUGUCUUUGUAACUGAAGAGUUUUAUUCCAAAGUGCUGCGUAUCCGCUGUAAAUGAUAGCUGACUGUGCAAACAUACAAUUAUAUUCAUCCAUUAUCCUUGUUUGUUUGCUUCAAAACCUUGAUGUCACUAUUUUUAAUUUAGGAUAUUAGAAAUCAAGUUUUUUUUAAACAAAUGAACUAAAUGAAAGUAUUUUUAACCAAAGCAUGAGUUAAGUUACACAGUUUUUACUUUCCCAAUGUAGGAAAACUUUUAAUGUGGGCUGAGGUAGAUGAGGCAGUAGUUUUCGGAUAUCUUACUUUGGAACAAAACUCUUCAGUUGAAUCUAAGCUGCCUUCUGCUUUUGCCUGUAUUGACUGUACUGUGAUGUAUUUGUACUGUAUGUACUGAUGUCAGUUAGUACAUGAGUGGUGAAUCAAACCUGCUUUUGUUCUGAGGAGGCUGACUUAUGCUUCUGUAUCAAAAUAUUGCUGUACCUGCGAUGUACCUUCCUCAAACCUACACUGUAGCUGAUAUACAUGUCACAGCAAAUUUUCAUCUCACUAAGCAAUUUCCAGUGCAAACCUUUUAGCUCACCGCCGAUGUUAACGGAUCUGUAUCAAAAAGUGAGCAUGCAUUUUAAUCUAUAGUUUAGAUUUUCAUCUUUAAGUUUAUAUGAUAUUAAUUUUAUUAAUGUUUUACUUUUACUGCAGAAGAGACAUCAUGCACACUUGUUUUGGUGAGUAUAUCUCUUCUGCAUUAAAAGAUUAAAAACAAUAUAUCCGCAAGCGGCAAUUCCGGGGUUCGCACAUUUUUUGCACUUGUAGCGCCCCCUAGAGGUCAAUUUGAAUGAAACUUUCAGGGCAUGUUUCAGGUACUUCUGUGGACAUAACCUGGAAGUUUUGUGAUGAUUCAACAAACAAUUUCUGAUUUGUAGUCUGAUUUAUGUUAUGCCACGCCCAUUUCCCCCCCUUGUAGCGCCCCCUAGUGGUCGAUUUGAAUGAAACUUUCAGGGUAUGUUUCAGGUACUUGGUGGACAUAUCUUUGUUUUGGGAUGAUUGGCCCAACUGUUGUUGACUUUGGUCUAUUUAUGUGUAGAGCCACGCCCCUUUUAAAGUUCAUUGAUCACUGAAUAAGAUGUAAACAAGCGUUAUACAAGUUUUGAUAAGCGCCGUCCAAUGAUGAUCCACCGAAAAUUUGGUAGCAAUCGGAGCUUCGGUGUAGGAGGAGUUGUCAAAAACGUGUUAAAAAAUUCAAAAUGGUGGAAAAUUUAGCCAGGCGGACUUUAGUGGUCCAAGAGGCUUUUUUGUAGAGCACAUUGAGGUGGACUUCGGGGCUUGAACCCCUAAUAAAACUAGUUUCACAUGAACUUACAGCUGAACUUUUUUGCCUACUAGAGUUCUGAUACCUGACCUGCCCUACAAGCAGACACAUUUUCAGGUAAUAUUUGGCCAUUUUGUUCCAUUAAGCUUCAGGCCCAGGUUUGGUUAUUUUUUUUAAAUGUAAUUUACUAAUAAAUUUAUCUCAUUCUCACUCUACGUGGAUCAUCUGCGCCCAUUUGUGUCACAUGUUAGAUUCACAAUGCUAAGUGGAACGAAAGAAGAGAGAAACAAGAGUGUAGCCAAUGUGUUGCGUUAGCCUGUCGAGCUAACGCUCAGUAGCUAAUGGAUGAAAUCAAGCAAAAAACAGAACUAUCUCAUUGCUAGCAAGAACGACUCCUCUGUUGCAGAAGUAUAAUUCAGCCUACAGUCUGUACUAAACAGCAUCAUUUUAUCUUUUCUAAACUGUUCAAACGGAAAUGUGUACUUUUCUCAUCCUGUUGCUGUCACAUUAAAUACAAAAGCUUCAUGUUCA